UUUUUUUUGCUGAGAUUUGAUGUAGUGACAAUUUUUCGUAGUGAUUAUGUAAUGACGUUACAGCGUCCUUUAACAACAAAUAGUCCUUCCUAGCAACAUUCCCUGAAGAUUAGUUGUUUGCGGAAGUGAUCAAAGCCAAAGGACGAAGGUCAUUAUGCAGGCAAGAUGGAGGUGCGGAUGAAAUUAUUGAACUCGGCUGACAAGUGUGUGGAUGAGGCUUUGGAGGGUCUCGUCAGGAGUAACGGGGGUCUGGCGCUGCUCCGGGGGCACAGAGUUGUGCUGCGGUCCGAUCUGGAGAGCAUUAAGGGAAAGGUAGCGCUCCUGUCCGGAGGAGGAUCUGGCCAUGAACCGGCGCAUGCAGGUUAUACUGGUGUGGGAAUGCUGUCUGGAGCUGUGGCGGGAGCAGUAUUUGCGUCUCCUCCUCCAGGCAGUGUGCUGGCUGCCAUUCUGACUCUGUGGAAGGGAGGCGCUUCGGGAGUCCUGCUCAUCGUGAAGAACUACACGGGUGACCGCCUAAACUUUGGCAUAGCUGUCGAACAGGCCCGGUCACAUGGCGUCCAGGUGGACAUGGUGAUUGUGGCUGAUGAUUGCGCCUUCGCUCAGCCCAGCAAGGCCGGCAGAAGAGGCUUGUGUGGAACAGUGUUCAUUCAUAAGAUAGCUGGAGCUCUGGCAGAGAAAGGUUGCCCAUUGGAUGAAAUUGUUGCACGGGUGAAUGAAGCAACAAAAAAUAUUGGUACGCUGGGUGUUAGUCUGUCUCCAUGCAGUGUGCCUGGAUGCCUUCCAUCUUUCCAGCUUCCACCAGGAGAGAUGGAGCUGGGACUGGGGAUCCAUGGAGAACCAGGCAUUAAGAGAUCAAAAGUGGCCUCUGCUGAUGAAGUUGUGAAAACUAUAAUAAGUCACAUGACUGAUUCCUCGAACAAAUCACAUCUGUCCCUGAAAUCAGGAGACAAGGUGGUGCUGUGUGUGAAUAAUCUUGGUGCUCUCUCGUGUUUGGAAAUAGCUGUGGUUUCUAAAGCAGCUGUACACUGCCUAGAGGAGCGUGGUGUGCUGGUUGUGAGGGUGAUGUCUGGAUCAUUUAUGACAUCUCUGGAGAUGGCGGGAAUGUCUCUUUCUAUAAUGAAGGUCGAUGAAGAGAUGCUCAGACUGUUUGAUGCUAAAACCACAGCCCCAGCCUGGCCUAACCUCAGCACAGCCUCUGUGAGUGGGAGGAACCUCUUCAUGGAACCUGAAGAAAAACUUGCUGCAGCUUCAGAUAAUUUUACUGAAGGUUCGCUGUCUUCCAUCAUUCGAUUAGUUUUGGAGUCCGUGUGCAAGAUCCUCCUCCAGCUCCAAGAGGAACUCAAUGCUUUGGACCGUGCAGCAGGAGAUGGAGAUUGUGGGAGCACGCAUGCUCUCGUAGCUAAUGCCAUUCAGGAGUGGCUUCAGACUAGCAGAAUCCCUGGGAACCUUGGCCAGCUUCUAGCAGAUCUGGCUCUGUUGGUCCAGGACAGGAUGGGAGGAUCAUCAGGGGCGUUAUACUGCCUCUUUUUGUCUGCGGCUGCCCCUCAUCUCAAACAAAACUGUGAUGGUGCAGCUUGGGCAAAGGCAUUGCAUGCUGGCACAGAGGCCAUGAAGAGAUAUGGAGGUGCUGAACCAGGGGAUCGGACCAUGCUUGAUGCCCUGUGCCCUGCUGUAGAAGAGCUGAUGAAGCUUUCCACAGCGCCUCCUGAUGGUCACAUAGCUAUACUACAAUCAGCAGUGCAGAAAGCAGAUUUGGGAGCGGAGUCUACCCGCAAUCUCACUGCAAGGGCUGGACGUGCCAGUUACAUUGCAUCUCAACAUUUGACCCAGCCUGACCCUGGUGCCGUAGCAGUAGCCGCCAUUCUGAAGGCCAUACUUAAUUCUUUGAAGGCCUAGAGGAAGAGAAGCUCACCAACAGUUUCUUAAAGGGAUAGUUCACCCAAAAAUGAAAAGGACUAUCCACUAUUUGGGUGAACUAUCCCUUUAAGGAAUAGUAAAGCAAAAGACUGUAAACAAAACACGUGUUUGCUAACAUUUUAUUAUUGCAGAUCUUCAAGAUGAUUGAUGUAAUUUUAAAAUACACACCCUGUUAAAUGUGAUGUUAAUAGGAUGACAUCCUUAAAGGAGUGUAAAAUCUGUUGCUCAGCGUUCAACUAUGUUUGGCCCACAUAGAAGCAAUUGCUCAAUCAAUUGUGUGAUUUUGGUCCAAGAAACCUUUUUAUAACAGUCACCAUUUUUGCAUUGCAGUUAGGUGCCACUCGUUUAACAGAAUUUACACUUUUUUUCUUUUCUUUUUUAGCUUCAAUGCUGGAAAUACUGAAUAAUUAAUCAAUGUACUGCCAUUAAUGAAACAAUGAAAAGAUUAAUGACUAAACCAACCAGUGUUAAAAUGAGAGAGCUUUGUAGCUGAAUUGUUUUUGUUUACUAUUGUAAACAAUUGUCGUCAUUUACAAUUACUUGUAAUUUACUAAUUUUUUAGUUGGAAUGGAAAAGGAGCAUUAUUAAAAGUCAAUAUAACUAGUAAACAUGUUUUAACAUCUAAUUUUAAAUGCAAAUUAGUUGUAAAAUGAAUUAAUGUGACUAAUAAAAACUGAUAAAUAAAGAAAACAUUUGCUAUUUUAA